AUGGAAUCAUAUAUAAGGGAAAGUAAAAAACUUACCCUUAAAAGUAAUAAGGGGAAGAAGCUCCUAAGAUAUUUAGAUAUAUCAUUAAAUAAUAAAUCAUUACAUGAUAGUCAUAUAUUAGAACUAGUAAAAAUAUUGAAGAAGAUAAUAAAGAUAGUAUAUAAUACAUACUAUUGUUUAAAUAUUGAUUUAAGUGAAAAUUAUAUAACAUGUGGAGGAUUAAAAACUUUGUUAAAAUAUAUAUUAAAUUAUAAUGAGAAUAUAGGAGUAAAUAUAUUAAAAUUAUAUAAGAAUAGUAUAAAAGAUGAUGGGGCAUUAUUAAUUAAGCAGCUUGUAUAUAUACAGAAAAUUCCUAUGGAAGAGUUACAUUUAUCACAUAAUUUAAUACAAGAUAAUGCAUGCAAAGAAUUAUUAUUAAGUUUUGUUCAGGCAAAAAAGGAUAGUACAUAUGUAUAUCCAAGAUAUGAUAAAUAUCAGAAUCCAUAUAAACAUGCUCAAAUACCUGUAUGGAUACGUUUAGAAUAUAAUUGUAUUCAUAAUCCUAAAGAUAUAUUAAAAGAAGUAGAAGAUUGCGCAAAGAAAAAACGAGGUUAUAAAAGUAAUUUAAUUGUAUGCUCAGCUUUAAAAAGUGAUAAACGAUGUUGUCCAUAUAAAUGUUUAAAUGCAACCAUUCGAAAUACUCCAAUCAUGCAUGUGUAUAUGUUUAUUCAUCAGAAAGAAAAUAUUGUGAAUGGAAAAAUGAAAGAAGAGAAAACUGAUUUCGUUUCUUUAGAAGAUGGCCUAGAUAAAAAUGAAAAGAGCAACUUGAAUAAUGAUAAGAAUGGUGAUGAGAAUAUGUUAAUAUUAGAUAAUAGUAAACAAGGAAAUAAAAAUAAAUUUAAGAAUGCAAAUGAUGAAGAGGAGGAUGACGAAGAAGAUGAUGAUGAAUUUGAAGAAGAAGAAAUAGAUGUUGAUGAGGAGGAGGAUGAUGAUGAGGAUGACGAGGAUGAAGAUGAUGAUGAGGAUGACGAUGAUGAGGAUGACUAUGAUGACGACGAUGACGAUGAUGAAGAUGACGACGAUGAUGAAGAUGAUGAUGACGAUGACGAUGAUGACGACGAUGAUGAUAAUUACAAUUUAAAGGAUAAAAACAAUUUGAAAAGUUUUGAAAAAAAUAAAAAGAUAAAAGGUAAUAAAAAAGGUUCUGAAAAAACAUUUCAUGUAAAUAAAGGAAUGGUUGUUGAUAAUAAUAAUAAUAAGAAGAAUAUAAAUAAUGAGGAGGAUGAAAAAAAUUUUGAUAAAAAGAAAGGUAUGAAUAAGAAAAAGAGGAAAAAGAAGAAGAAGCGUACUAAUAGUUACAAUAAUAAUAAUAAUAAUAAUAGUAAUAAUAAUAUGGUGGGUGAAAGUAAGAAGAAAAAUAAUUUGCCUCAAGAUAAGAAGAAUAGUAGUACAAAUACAUGCACCAAAUUUAUGAAUAAUACUCAUAAUAUAAAUAAAAGUUUUAGUAAUAUAGCAUCUGAUAUAUAUAAUAAGGAUACAAAUAUGAAUUCAUUAUAUAAUAAUGAGAAUAGUUUACCUUUAUAUAUAAUAUUAGAUUGUUCUGCAGUAUUAGAUAUGAAAGAAUUAUGGAAGGACAAGUCUUUUUUACCGUUUAGUUUUCCAGGUUUGUUAUAUUUAUAUAAUAAUAAAUUAUUGAAGGGUAAUACAAUAAAUAAUAAUAAUAGUAAUAAUAAUAAUAAUAAUAAUAAUAAUAGUAAUAAUAAUAAUAAUAAUAGUAAUAAUAAUAAUAAUAAUAGUAGUGGUAAUAAUAAUAAAAUUGGGAAUGACAAUUUUAUUUGUCUCAUGUGUAGUUAUGUUGCCAAUGAACUAAAAAUGGUUUGUCAAAAGAGCGAGAUAAUAAGACAAAAAAUGAUUAACUUGAAAUUAAAUAUCUGGGAUAAACUUUCAGAACUAGGAAUUAUUGAAUUUUUAAGUGUGCCUAAAGAUUUUAAAGAAAAUAAAAAGAACUUUUUAAAUUCUUCUUUUUUAACAGAUGAACAAAUAAAGUUAGCUAAUGAAUAUUAUGACAUUUCUUAUGAAACCUUACAGAUGAUACAAUUUUCUAUUGUAUGGUCAACUUAUAUUUUUAAACUUAGUAAUAAAGAGAUUGUUAUAGAAAAUAAUAAAAAAGAAAUAAAUAAAUCAGAUAUGAAGAAAAGUAAGAAGACCAUCUUUACAGAGGUUUUAUAUUUAACAUCUUCUUCAAAUAUUUAUUCUUUUUUUGAAUAUUUAUAUGAACAAGAUAUUAAUUUUAUAUUACCAUUAUGUGUAACAGUUAAUCAGAUAAAUAAAUAUAUACAAGAAGAACAUAGUUAUAUAAUAGAUAUAUUGAUGAAUAAUUGUAAGCCUGAUAAGUAUAGUAAAUUGCAAUUUAAUAAAUUAUUUUUUCAGCAGUUUAUAAAAGAAAAAUAUUCAAAGUAUUUAAAUAAUAAUACAAAGGAAGUAUUAUUAAAUGGUAAGAAGAAACCAAGCAAAAAUAUAAUGAGCAGCACCAAACAGUUGUCAGGUGAUAUGAUGGAACAUGUAAAUGAAGAAGAACACAUGUUGAAUAACAAUAAAGAUGGUAUAUCACCACAAAAUAAUAUACAUAAUAAUAAUAUACAUAAUAAUAAUAAUAAUAAUAGUGGAAGUCAAUAUUUAAGUGACAAUAUGAGAACGAUGCGUUUAGCAGAUGAUAUGUUGAAUAAUUCGAAUGACAUGAAAAAGAAAAAGAAUAGUAAAAAAUUUUCAGCAAUACAUCAGAUGGUUGAUAAUAAAUCUCCAUCUCAACCAAAUCUUCAAAAUAAUAAUAAUAAUAGUUAUGAUAUUUAUGAUAUAAUAUCUGUGAAAUCUUUUUCAAACGACAAUGUGAACAACCUGUGUAAUGUCGAUAAAAUGAUUAAUGUGCAUAAUAAUAUGUUAUCAUCAAAAAACCCUAAAGAAGAUGAAUUAUUGAAGGAACAUAAUCUAUAUAUGAAGAAAGGUAAUGAAGUGGUUCCUAAUAAUCAAUAUUAUAAUUUAGGAGAAUAUAAUAAAUUAAAUAUGCAAAUGUUAAAUAUUCAAGAUCUAGAUAUAUUAGAAAAGCGAACAGACAUAAAUGAUAUAUUUAAUAAUAGCAUGUCAGAAACGAAUAAAAGUGCAAACAACAAUAAUAAUAUUAAUAGUAAUAGUAGUAAUAAUAAUAAUAUUAAUAAUAAUAAUAAUAAUGGGGGAAUGAAAACAAAUUCUGUAUCUGUUGAAAAUAAUGUAGUUGUUGAUAAUAGAAAUAAUAAGAAAAAAACGGACGGGUUGGAAAAUAUGAUAUAUUGUUCAACCAUUGAAAAUAAAUUGAUGGGUUUAAAUAAUAAUAAAAUGGAAGGUACUGAUAAUAUAAAUAAUGACAACAUAAAUAAUGACAAUAUAAAUAAGAAUAAUAUAAAUAAGAAUAAUGUUGGAGGGGUACAUAAUAUUGAUUGCGAACUUACUACAGAAGAUGGAAUGCUACAAAAAAAAGAGACGAAUAAAGACAAAACAGGAAAUCAAUCUGAUAAAGUUAGUAUAUAUGAAUUAUUAAUAAAUGCCUUUAAUGGGAAGAAAAAGAAUGUCACAAAGAAUGUAAAUGAAAAAAAUAGAAAUGGAGAGAACGAAGAAAGUGUAGGACUAAUAAGUGAAGCAAAUGUUAAUAUGAAUAAUAUGAAUAAUAUUAAUAGUAGUAGUUGUAAGGAUGAGAAGGACGAAUCUGUACUCAUGUCACAAAUAAAAAUGAAGAAUGAACAUUUAAACGAAGAAGAAGAACUUCAGUUGAAAGGUAAAACAAAUGAUAAGGAUAAUGUUAUAAAUGAAAAAAGGAAAAGUAUGAUGGAAAAGAAAAGUAUUAGUCUCAAUAAAAAUGUUAAUAAUAAUGAUAAUCUUUCCUUUUUGACAAACCAACAAGAUGAUAAUAUAAACCAUGCAAAUAAUAAUACAAAUAAUACAAAUAAUUUAAGAAAUACAAUAAACAAAAUGAGUGUAUUUCAUAAUAACAACAUGAAUAAUAUUCCAUCUGUAAAUGUAAUUCAGAAUGAUGAAGAUAAUAGUGUUCUUCUUGAUGGUAACGAAAAUAUAUUUUUUAAAAAAGGUAGUAGCAUAAUGAAUUUUAUAGAUGCUGAUCAUAAUACAACAAAUGUAAUGAAUAAAAUGGAAAGAAGACUAACAAAUAAUAUGAAGGUUGGUCAUAAUAACAUUAUUUCUGAUGAUAAGGAUGAGGAGCUAAUGCAUGUUGAAAAAUUAAAUAAUGGUGAAUUAGUAUAUAUUGGAAGAAAAAACUUAUUAUCAGAACAGUUAUUAGAUCAACAUAAAAUUUUUGAAUGGAAACAUUCUUUUGAAAAUCAUAAAGUAGAUAUAAUGAAUACGUCUAUGUUAUUAGAGGAAUUGAUAUUGAAUCCUACAGUGUGUAAAUAUAUACCUGGUGAAUUAUAUAAUAAAAUAUUAAAAUGUUAUGAGAAGUUAGAUUUUAUGAUAACAAAUUUGAAUAAUAUAAAUGAGGAAAUGGAAACAAUGGAAAAUAACAACAAUAAUAAUAUAAAUAAUAUCAAUAAUAUCAAUAAUAUUAAUAAUGAUCGGGGUGAUAAUAACCUUGACGAUAUUGUCAAUAAUAAUGUUAAGACAAAUAUAUUAAAAAAUGAUAAUAUGAAAACCAUAACAUCUGAGAGGAAUCGAUUAAACAGUUCUGUGAAUAAAAAUGAUGUCAAUAUGAUGUAUGAUGAUUUUAAAAAUUAUUGGGACUCACCACUAGGAAAAAAUAAUAACAUGAAUAAUAUGAUGAGUGGUAUAAAUAAUAUCAAUGGUGUAUCUAAUUCGAUGAAUCUGUCAACAAAAGAACUAAUGAAAAGUUUAUCGAACGGUAGUAUACCAUUAAAUCAAAAAAUGAAUAGUUUGACAUCUUCCUUGCCUCAUGACUUUUUGUUGAAUAAUAAUAAUAACAUGUUGGGUUCUAUGACAAACAAUAAUAAUAAUAAUAUUAAUAGUAAUAAUAAUAGUAACAAUAGUAAUAAUAAUAGUAACAAUAAUAAUAUAAAUUUGGGUGUGGCAACUUCCUUGAACAAUCCAAAUAUAUUACAGAAUCAUUUAAAUAAUUCCAUGUUAAAAAAUAAUAUGGUUAAUAAAAAUUCUGUACCUAAUUUGGCUAGUCAUUUGAAUAACAACAACAAAGUAUCUAAGAGGAAGUCCGCCCUUUCCACAUACAACAAUAAUAUGAAUGAAAGUAAUAACAGUGUGAAUGGUAAUAUGAAUUUAAAUUUGAAUAUGAAUAUGAAUUCGGCAAAUAAUUUAAGUAAUCCAAGUGUCAUGAUGAUGUUGAUGAAUGCUCAGAAUAAUUCUGUGGGCUCGAAUGAAUUAAAUUUUAAUAACAAUAAGAAUAAUUCAAUACAAAAGAAAUAUAUUAACAAUAAUAAAAAUGACAAUAAUAUUAAUAAUAAUAUUAAUAAUAAUAAUAAUGAUAUGACAUUAUUAUUGAAUAGCAUGAAUGAUGUAAGGAUGAAUUCUAACGCCUUAUUAAAUAAUACUAAUUUAUUUUUUCAAGGUAAUGGUUAUAAGAAAGAUGAAUCAAAUAAUGGAAAUAAAAUGAGCAAGGAUAUGAGUCUCAUAAAUAAUACUCUUAUGGGUGUUGAAAUGAAGAAAAAUGAUAACACGAAUAAUAAUAAUAAUAACAUGAAUAAUAAUAGCAACAAUAAUAAUAAUAAUAAUAAUUUUGUUGGAGGUAGAGAUUUGAAGGAUAUAAAAACUCUUAAUAAAUUAUUAUUGUUGAAUAAUAACAACUUGAAUAGUAUAAAAGGAGGAGUCUUAAAUGAAAAGCAGUUAUUAAAUUAUAUAAAUAGUAAUAGUAAUAAUAAUAAUAAUAGUAUGAAUGGAAUGCCGUCUGUGAAUUCUAAUAUUGAUUCAAACCUUUUGUCCUUUCUAAAUAUGACAAAAAAUAACAACAACAAUAAUAAUAAUAAUAACAACAAUAAUAAUAGUAAUAAUAAUAAUAAUAGUAGUAAUAAUGCUGCUUCUGGAAUUAGUUGUAGUGGUAUUAAUAAUAAAAAUCUUAUGAUAAAUAAUCAGAAUCUUAAAAAUAACAACCACAAUAAUAAUAAUAAUAAUGAUAAAUUCAAAGGAAAUCCUUUUAGUGAUUUUAAUGGAAUGGUAACUUCUAAUAAUAUUAAAAAAAUUUUAAACAAUGAAAAUAAUAAUAACAAUAAUUUAUAUAUGAUGAAUAAUAAUAAUAAUAAAACACCUUUAAAUGAUAUUAAUGUGAAAUAUGUAGAAGCAUUGAAUAAUCAAUUUAAUUUCUUAUCAAGAGACAGUAGAAAGAUGGAAACAGAAAAUAAUGGAAUUAACAUAUUAAACUUUUCGAACGAUCUAGAAAAAAAAUCGAAUAAUGCCAUGGUAGAUGUAUGUGAAAAGACCAACAACAAAAAGAUAUAA